AUGAGUGCCACAAACGAUGAAGAAGUUGACCACAGCGUCGAUCAUCACAAUCACGACAUGAGACCAAACGUAAGCCUCAAUGCUAUCAUAACUCCCGGCGAGGCGUCCGAGUCCGAGGAAGACGAUGAAUACCAGGAACCUAUUGAACGACAGAUGAGUUUUGGCGAUCACUCGGUCUCAAGACAUCGCAAGAUCUCCGAAAUGAGUCAGUCGCAGAGGUCGACCCUUUCGGACGACAACUCAUCCAUCGGUGACUCAAAUAAAUACAAUUCAUUACUUCACAAGAAGUUAAGAGAGAAGAACGAACAGCUGAAGAGGGAGUUGUCAGCGCUGGCGAGUGGGCCGUACCUCAUGGCCACCAAAGAGGUCGGGAAUAUCACCAAACAGUUAAUCCAAUCGCAGAAAAUGGUUCAAAACGUUUCGGCGUCUCUCAGGAAAGUGUCUAAAGAAUUGGUGUCUUUAGAGGAGACAAUCGCCGCCAUUAAGAAUGAUAAGAAUAUUCUGUUGAAUGAAUUUGUUGUCAAUUCCAGCGUCGAGUCCACCGUCGAGUCCACCGAAAAUUAUUAA